UCCCCACACUUUGCUCUCCUUCCAUCUCCUCUCUACCGGCUGGUAAUACAACCCCAUCAUGGCGCCUGCAGUGGCGCAUCUGCAUAAGCUGGUAGCCAAGAAUGCGAAAGUGUUCAAGGCUGCCUGGCGACACGCUGCAAAGCUCGUCCAGAAUCAAUUACCAGCAUCUGUUCGACCUACCCAAGCUGAAUUACAGCCUAUCCUCGCGCGAAAUGCUCCGAAGCACCCGAUCCACCGCAUUGCCUUCCUCAAGCAGAGCAAGGGCCGGUGGUACAGCACCCACAAUGCUAUUAGCGCCACGGUCCGUCGCUUUACGACCUCCGCCUCUCGCUCUGGCGUCAAGUUCGAUCGUUCGUCGUUCCCAAAGUCACGAAUUGGGGAUGCGGUCAACCGCCAGGCGGGUCGUGCUCCGUUCGCCUCAACCCUCCGCCCGAACUUGACCGGCGGCACACUGGGACGGACUGCGGGCGGCUACGCGUGGGGUGCAGGGCGUGCCGGUGGUGCUCGAUACUUCUCUCACGGUCCGGCUGCCCCGGCUCAGGUUAUUAAUAACGUUUCCCAAGCUGUUCGAGCUUUCUUGAUCUCCGGUAACAAGGCACAUUUCGACGGUGUCGACCCGCAUACCGGCGAGAAGCGCUUCAAGACUGUGUCUGCUCUGCAGGACCAGGUCAACCGCACUUUGAACAAGGUCCCCAGGGCUACUCCAGGCUCGCACAUCAGCUUCAACAUCAACCCCACCGUUACUGCCCUUACUCCUCUCACGGCGGUCAAGGGCUUCACCUCCUUCGCGGCUGAGAAGGAGUCCCUCAACAAGGAGGGUUUCCUCGACGUCUUGUCUGUGGACUUUUCUCGCGCAGUAAAGGAGCUGGCUGCGGUUCUCAAGGACCUACAACGACUUUCUGGCCUAGGCGAUCUUCCGAUUACCUAUGAGCCAUCGACCAUCAAGGUUCAUUUUCCCGGAUGUGACGCAGAGACUGUGGAGCGCAUCUGCGAUGAACUCGGUGUCCAGCGCGGUGUUAUCCAUCAAGACGAAGACUUUGAUGCCUUCGUCGGCACCGAAAUCGCCCUUCUAUUUCCGUUUGCCUCGAGCCGCACACCCUCGGAAUGUUCCUUCUACGAGAAGUCCGUGACUGGACGACAGCAUCCGAUCGACUGGCGGCAAAUGAUGUCUCCUUCAGUAAUGAGCGCCGACGAAUACUCCACGCUUUCCAAUAACGGAAUGGGUUUUGAAGAUCUGGGGGAGGAACCCAAUCCGUGGCUUUCCUCGCCGUCAGGCUAUGGUAGCUUGCAUUCUAGCGAAGCGGACGAGUUCAUGGAUAUACAUACUCCGCUGGAAUACCAGGGUAUAGAGGGUAUCUAUCGGUUCAUGGAGCAGUCUGACCCGACGAUCUUCCGAGCCGUCUCCCCAAGAUCAAGAUCAUUUAUUGCUUACACACUUUGGCUUUAUUUCCGAGAUGUGGAUUUUUCCCUGGCCUGGCCGUCGGAAAAGUGCCCACUCAGGUGGGACCUCGGUGCUGGAUGGCUGGCGCGCGCUGGCGGAGUAUGCGGCGGGGCGGUUUAUGCCUUUUUGAUUCCCCCGGGCUCUGUCGGAUAUACUUAUUGGUUUUGUUACGAGGGAUUGAGAGUGUUGUUUGUUCUUUGCAUCGUCGUUCGAUCGAUUGAGAGAGACGGAGACUUAUUUCCGCGUCUAUAUAUGACGGAGCCGCAACGGCGAAAUGCGGGGAUGGACAAGGAGGAGGAGGAUUAUAGGAUUGAAGAUGGUGAGGCGGAAGGGAGGAGUAUAGCGCUGUCUGACAAGAGCGGGAAGGGCUUUGAGGAGCUGGGCGAUGGGAAUGCGGAUGCGAAUAGGUAUGUGGCGAGAGAGCCGAGAGAGGACGAGGAAGAGCAGGGACCGCAGGUGAGCGAGAAGGUGGUGGAUGUGCCGCCUGAUGGAGGCUAUGGAUGGGUCUGUGUAGCUUGCGUGGCUGUUAUUAAUGGCCACACAUGGGGUCUCAACUCCUCCUACGCCGUCUUCCUCGCCUAUUACCUCUCCAACAACGUCUUCCCCGGCGCCUCGCGUCUGGAAUACGCCUUCAUCGGCGGGCUCUCCAUCUCGCAGGCCCUCAUCGUCUCGCCCGUCGCGACGCUCACAACGCGCCUCUUCGGGACCCGCACUACGCUGCUCAUCGGCAUCUUCUUCGAGACCGCGUCCUUCAUCGGGGCGUCCUUCGCCUCCAAAAUCUGGCACUUGUUCCUCACCCAAGGGGUAUGCUUUGGCUGGGGCAUGGGCUUCCUCUUCGUGGGCAGCGUCGGCAUCGCCGCGCAGUGGUUCAGCACGAAGCGGAGUCUAGCGAACGGGAUCUCGGCCGCCGGGUCCGGGCUCGGCGGCUUGAUCUACUCGCUCGCGGCGCAGGCGAUGAUUAGGGACAUUGGGCUUGCGUGGACUUUCAGGAUCCUGGGCAUUGUCGCCUGUGUGGUGAAUACGGUUUGUGCGCUGCUGGUCAAGGAUCGCAAUAAGCAGAUUGGCAGCAGCCAGCUCUCGUUCGACCAUCGGUUGUUCAGGAAACUGCAGUUUCUUGGCCUGCUUGCCUUUGGGGUUUUGUCGAUGCUGGGCUAUGUCGUGCUGCUCUUCUCGCUGCCGAAUUAUGCGCGCACGGUCGGCAUGACGGCGAGCCAGGGGAGCAUUAUCGGCGCGGUGUUGAACUUGGGACAAGCGUUGGGACGACCGCCGAUUGGGUAUUUCAGCGAUACGUUUGGGCGGUUGAAUAUGGCUGCUACGAUGACGGCGCUGUGUGGGGUUUUGGUACUGGUGGUGUGGAUAUUCGCAAAGAGUUUUGGGGUCUUGAUCUUCUUCGCCAUUGUGGGAGGCUGUGUCGCGGGGACAUUUUGGGCCGUGUGUGCGCCCAUUACGACAGAGGUCAUGGGGAUUGUGGAUCUGCCGGCGGCGUUGAGUAUUACGUGGUUGGUGUUGGUGCUGCCUACAACUUUCUCCGAAGCCAUUGGGCUGGAGAUUGUGAGCUUCAAUAAUGGAAGCUAUACCGGCGCCAUCUUGUUCACUGGGUUUAUGUACCUAGGGGCUGCGGUACUGUUAUGGCUGGUUCGGGCUUGGAAGAUAGGCGAGCUGGAGGAGGUGGCUGCGAAGGCGCAGGUGGAUGAGCGGCAGGUGGAUCCGGUGACCGAGGGGAUUAUCGGUGAUCAAGCUGACGGGGCGCCUGUGUCGGGAGAGUAUCACGAGCUGCGAAGUUGUCAAAACAACCGGGACACAGCCUUUGUCGGACGACGUCAACCACUCAGUGCUGACUGCCAGCGCCAGCCUGAGACAUCGACGUGUCCGCGUAAACAAUCGAGCCGUGGUCAUUGUUUGUUAUUGACCGCACGAAAAGAGCACCAAUCGGCAACGGCUGCUGACUUAGCCUCUCCUUUCCACCAUUUUCUCGACGUCGUUGAAUGCGGCACACCUCCUCCACAGCCGCGUCCCUCGUCGUCUCUCUGCUGCUGCUGCUACGGGAUGGUUGCGCUUCCUGUCUCCAAACUUAAUUCUCCGCGCCAUCGUCACACGCUGGCCUUCCGCCUCAAGACCCUCCUUGCAACGUCCGCACGCGUUGCCGCCACCGCCGGCUCGAGGCACGCCUUGUUUUCCGCCUGGACUACCGAUUCGCCCAUCGCGCGGCGCGUCCAGGCCCUGGAAGCUCGACGCACUUCCUCGUCCUCGCUUCCGCUGCCCUCGUCGCCCCCAUCUGCCCCGCAGACCGCGGUUGAAGCGAACAGUCCAUCAGAGGCGCGCGGCGUGCCCUCACCGGCACAGACUCUGUGGACAGCCCCCUCCCCGACCCAGACUCUCGGUCAUUCGAGCCCGGAGCUUCCUCCUCUGCCUUCUCUGUCAGUGCUUGGAAGCAUCCCGCGCACUCCCUCGACGGUUGCUAGGAACGACAGAACCGAUACCUCCUACUACACGGCCAGCUGGGGCAGCCCGUACAGGAACCCGCCUCCGCCAUUCAAUCGGCAGCGCCACUCCUCCACGCAGUUGGGUAGUGACGAUUUUGAGGAGGACUCUUCCAAUCUUCAAUUUGGCCUUGAGCAUCUGCUUCCGCCGCGCUUGGUCCAAGAGGAUUCGCCCAACCAGUUCAAUCUUGAGCAUCUUAUUCCGCGCCUGGAGCAGAAUCAGUCGCCCAACCAGUUCAACCUCGAACAUCUCAUCCCGUCUCGUCUGCCAGCUAAUCUAGAGACGCCGACACGAGCGCAGUUCCAUCCCGAGGCCACUCCGCGAACAUCCGAUCUCAGCCCGUCCGAGGAGUGGGUUCGCCAAUUUCUGGAAGGGCGUUGGAACCGCGAAAGGAACGAUUGGUGGAGCGACAGCACGACUGACACGGAUUCGGGAAGCAAGUCGAACAAGGAGAAAGAGUCGGUGGAGACCACUUUGAAGAAGACGCACAAGUCUAGGAGGAGCAACAAGACCCUGAACCAACAGGACUUUUGGUCUCAUUUCAGCAAGGGACAGAAAGAGCAGCUCGGCAAGAUGAUGGCCUCACGGUAUGCGAACCCUGACGCGACACCGCACUCGCGUCAGGGCUCCGGCGCGAGCCUUCGGUCGGCGCUUGGGCGCAGCAUUCAUGCGGACAAACCCGCAUCACCGAAGGAAGCGCCUGCUCCACAGUCUCCAAGGCCAUCGCAAGAGGCCGCGAGCCAGCCGUCGCCAGCGCCGUCUGUGCAACCCGCGGCUACUCCCCGCAUGCGCAAGAAGGUUUUGGUCAAGGGCAAAGGGUGCGUCAUCUCGAUUCCACGCGAUAUCCCGCGAGGUACGCCCGGUUACCCUCCUAAGCCUAUGAGUGCAGACGCGUUAGAGACGAAACUACAGCAGUUAGAGCGUGAGGGGUACGACACUCGUGGUUAUGGACGUUGGAGAGGUGCCGGAGGGUUGGAUGAAGGGCCUCUUCCCCAGAACCGCUUCAUCUGGCCUGACGAAGCCUGGAUCAAAGCAGACCGGGCUCCUGGGCCUAGGGUGCGAGUGCCGAACAAGGCCGAUUGGGAUGCAUACGUAGACCAUCUGGUGGAGGCGAAACUGGCCGCGCUCGGCGUUGCGCUUGGUGGAGAGGAGGAAACACCAUCGCCCAUGUCCAGGCAAGCCUCUGCUCAACAUCCGGGCCUCCCUUUUUCACCACCGCUCCCGACGUCUUCGGCGGGCAGCCAUCGCAUGGCACGGCAGGGAAGCAUCGUCUCCGGCUCCUUCCCUCUUGGGCCGUCUCCAGGGCAUGCCUCCCGGCAAUCCAUCGCAUCGCCCUCGGUCUUCAGCAACCCGCGUGCGAGCAUGCACAUGCACAGGCACUCUACGUUUUCGCCCGCUAGCUUUGUCCAGCAGACUGCAUCCCCUACGGGAGCGUGGUCGCCCGGCGGCUACUUCGGCGCCCAAGGCGCUCGGGGUGGAUCACCUGCCCUGCCUCUGAGCAGGCCCGAUCUUGCCAAUGUCGUCUCUCCUGGAUCUCCGUUCGGCAUUAGACCCCAUCCGCAACAGCCGCAACAGCCGCGUACACCGACCCAGCAUGACGAUCUCUUGGCUCAGAUGCAACAGCAGCAGCAACAGCUCCAGGCUCAGCUGAUGCAGCAACAGCAGCAGCAGCUCCUCGGACUGCGGCCGUCGUCAACGCUCGCCGAAGUUCCCGAAGAUGAAGCCGAAGAAGAGGAGGUGCCUCUUAUGAAGAAUGCUGCUCGACCCGGACCAGAGAUUGCCAUUCCAACUCCUCGCGGUCAUCGCCACAACAUCAGCGCGGGCCUUGAGCGCGAGGCCCGCGAUGCCGAAUACCAUCUCGAGGAGGCUAUUGACAAGCAGUUCAACGAGGGUGGAGAUUUCAGCACGGAACCUGAAACCACCGAGCAACUCAAGCCUUCCAAGCUUGUUACUGAUGCCUCAUGGGAGGAGUCUCGACCCGUCUUGCACCAGCCGCAGCCGCAUAGCAGAGCCCACUCGCUCGCCAAGCCUCAACAACCAAUGUUCGGAAUCGGAGCCCAACAGCCAGAGAAUCCCCGCGGGGACAGUGAUGGCGCUAAGACAAACAUCUCUGACAUCACCAACCCCAGCCUGGAAGAUGGAGAAAUCCCCGAGACUGGUGCGGGAACUAGCUCGGCGCAACACUCCAAGGCGGCAUCGCAGGUCAGCAACUCAUGGAGGGACGCGAAAUUCGCCUUCGGAAAGCCUGGCUCUGCGAUGCACAGCAAGCACACUUCUCGGUCGUCCAUUUCGAAGCUCAAUGUUGAGGCUAAGGAGUUCAAGUUCAAUCCUGCUGCUUCAUUCAGUCCUGGAUCGUUCUCUUCCGGCUUUUCCUCCUUUUCGCCCGCCCUCCGGUCACCUGCUGAUGCGGUACCAAGAAGCAACAAGACCAGUAUCGAUGGCUUGUCCAGCCUCAAUGUAUCCGCACCAGCCUUUAAGCCCGAUGCACCAGUUUUCAAACCAGACGCUCCUUCGUUCAAGCCUGUAGCCGCGGCACCCGUGUUUAAAGCUGCGGUUGAAGCUCCCGAAUUUAAGCCCGGCUCGAUGCCAUCGAGUGGCUUCAGCUUCCUCUCUGGCGGGCCUUCAUUCAAGCCCGACGCUCCUGCUUUCAACCCUGGUAGCGCAACGUUUAGCGCAAGCAAUUCUGCUCCGACCAACUUCUCCUCCAAGAUCUUUGGAAACGUCGCUAUCUCGGCUAGCGACAUUGUCAAGCCUGCCAAGCGCUCCAAAGCCAUUCCGAUCGUACGCCCCGAUGCUACUCGACAGAAGACGCCCGAGAAGGCUGAAGAGGAAGAAGAACACGAGGAUGAGGAAGGGCGUAUCACACAAGCUGAUGGGCGAGAGAAGCGUGCUCGACGUGGUCGGGAUGAUGGCGAUGAGGUGCCUAAAUUUGCGCUGCAACCAUUCCUUUCUUCGCAGCAGCCCCUGGGUGAAGCGCGACAGCCACGGGCUCCCAAGCAAGAUCUCCAGAUCGAACGGGAAGCAGGACCAGAUGAGAAAGAGAACCUGUCUCCUGACGCUUCAAGAGCUCCAUCUAAGUCAAAGAGCCCAGAGCCUCUUUCAGUGCAGCGCGCAGCCCAGCCUGUCGAGCCUAGCAUGCCAACACCCCAGACAGACGAGUCUGUAGAGACACAGAUUGACGACGUAACGUCCCACGAAAGUGAUGCGGUCACGCCUACGGCCGAGGAAGCACCACAGCCAGUCAUGAAGAAACAUUCGCAUAAGAGCUCGCUCUCUGCAACUGCGAAACCGUUCGAGUUCCGGCCGCAAUUUGGCCCUAGCGGCUAUGACUUUGGCAUUCAUGUCACGAAACCUUCCGUUACGCAGACCGACGACUUCGACGACACCCAUAUAAGCCCGCCACGGCACGUCAGCCGAAGCCCAGCGACCACCUUCCGACCAAGCGACGAUGGGUCUUACAAGACUGCUCUCGAAACACGCAGGCAUGUACCAUAUCCUGAGAGUGAGAGCGUUGACUUCGACCACCUUGGUCAGGCAUCGUUCAACGACAUUGAUGCUGUCAUGAAGCACAUGAAUGAGGAGGGAUCCGACUUUGGCGUCGAGCGGGACGAGAAUUCUUGGGACCAAUCCUCUUCUAGGAGAAGUCCCCAUGAGUUUGUUCGCUCUGAUUUGCCACCACACGCUAAUCUGCGUAGCGAUGCACCUAGUCCUAGCCCCCGCAGACUAUACGCGCCGCGCAACAUUAACGCCUCCUCAACGUCAAUCACCCAAGAUCCGUUUGAUGAUGAGCGCGCCGGCAUCGCGUACGAGUCUCCUGUGCAUCGCUUGAACAACGCAGAUGAAGUGCCGAUGAGCGACUGGGAUGAGGGUAUCGUGUCAGAGGGAGAAGACAAGGUACAGACACGCAGCCGAUUCUUCGACAAGCACGUAGAUGAUAUCAUCGGACGUCUACUGCAGACCCGCCUUGGCCCGCUUGAGAGGAACCUGCAAGACAUCCAUGAGUCGAUCGCUAUGAUGUCGCACCGAUCCGGGCGGGGCCGUCGCAGCAUGUCUACAACUGAUCGCCUAGAGAGCGAUGCUGAUGAUGAGGACGAUGACAUUGGCACCGACUCGUUCUACCGCAGCCGAUCUCCCAAGAAGGACCGCAAACUUGAGAAGAUUCGUUCCAUCGUCAGGGAAGCGCUCGAGUCUCAUCAGCCCCAGGUCACCUCUUUGCCGGUACCCGUUCCCGAGCCCGUUUUGCCUGAGAAGAUUCGUGAGAUCGUCGUGGAUGCUCUGGCUACUCAACAACCUCAGAUUGCGCCUGCUGAGCACGUAAAGCCGGAGAACGUGCGGGAUAUCAUCAUGGAGGCACUUGCUCACCACCAGCCUCAAUGGACGCCACCCAAGUUUGAGCCCGUUCCUGCUGAACAGAUCAAGGCCAUCGUCGAGGAAGCGGUUGUGGCUCACAAGCCAUUACCUGCCGCACCUGCUCCAGAACCCCUCAAGCCAGAGGACAUCCGGGCAAUCGUGGAGGAAACGUUUGUCGCGCAUAGGCCCGCACCUCCAGAGCCUACAGCCGAAACUAUUAAACAGGAGGACAUCCGCUCUAUCGUCGCGGAAGCUCUGGUCUCACAUGUUCCCAAGGUGUCCGCGGAGCCGAUACAGCCGGAUGACAUUCGCUCCAUUGUGAUGGAGGCUUUCGCGACGCAUGCUCCGCCACCUGCUCCAGUUCCUGUUCCCGAACAAAUCUGGCCGGAUGACAUCAAGGCGAUCGUUACUGAAGCUCUUGCAUCCCAACAACGGCAGAUGCCUGCCGUCGAGCCUCUUCAGCCAGAAACGAUCCGAUCAAUCGUCGCAGAGGCUCUCUUAUCCCACCAGCCACCGGCGCCUGCUGCUCCAGCUGUCGAGCCUCUUCAGCCAGAGACGAUCCGAUCAAUCGUCACAGAGGCUCUUACAUCCCAUCAACCGCUGGCGCCUGCUGCUCCAGUUGUCGAACCUGUACAGCCAGACAUGAUUCGUUCCAUUGUUGCAGAGGCCCUGGCAUCUCAUAAGCCUGCUACACUUGAGGCUCCAAUUGACAUUCCUCAACCUCAAAUCGACAUGUCUGAGAUCUACCAAGUCAUUGGCAGCUUGAAGGCUUCUAUCGCACAGACUACCAGCCACCAUCUUCAGGCCGAGGACGUUCGGGAGCUCAUCGACGACGCGUUCAAGCGUCAGAGCAUGGAGGUUGCCAAGCGCGAGGAGAGCCAGGCCAUCCAGGAGAGGGAUACACGCGUUGCAGAUCUGGAAGCAAUGCUCAAGGAAGCCACUCUACGCUUCGACGCUGAGGCUGAAGCACGCAAGGAGUUGGAGGCUCGCGAGGAGAAGAGCACACGUUUGAUCCAGGUCACUGAAGAGGAGCUUGCUCUCCUUCGUCAACAGGCCAGCGACGACGAGAAUAAAAUCCGCGCUCUGCAGGAGGAGGCCGAGAAUUCCCGCCGCAGCCUGGACGCGUUUCAGGAUGAUGACGACGAGGUCCGUACGAAGCUCGACGCACUUCAAGCUGAGAACGAAGAGCUUAAGCUCAAGGCUGUCGCUUUCCAGACCGCUGAACAGGAUGUCAAGAAGAAGCUCGAUGCUGUUACAGCCGAGAAUGAGGCUUUGACAUUCACCUUGGAGGAGCAUCGCAUCUCCGCCAACAAGUGGAGAAGCGACCUUCAGCACGCUAACGAUGAAGUCGAGAAGAUGCGCAAGGCUAUCGAUCAGUCACGACUUCAAGCAGAAGAGGCUACGCGUGUGCGGGAGUCUAUGCGUGCUAAGUUCGAGAAGCUCCAGCAAGACAUGAUUCUUGCUUCUGGUCAGGCUGCUGCUGAGCGUGCCCAAUGGCAGAAGAGCGACGAGGCACAUAUGAAGAAGUACGAAGUCCUCAGCGCCCGUAUUGAAGCUGAAGGGCGUACACGCGAACGUCUUGAACGUGAGCUCGAGAGGCUCGAGAGCCAGGAACGCGAGGGCAUGAAGCUCAGAGUUACCCUUGAGCAGACGCAGAAGCACAACACCAGGCUUGAGGAGACCAUUGAGGAGAUCAGGCAGGAGGCCCUGGAGCACAAGCGAGCCGCCGAUCGAUAUGAGCGCGAGUUUAGGGAGGCCAGGGAAGCUGCGCAUGUUGAGAUUCGACGUAUGCGUGUGCUGAUGGAGGCCGACCUCGACAAGGCGAACAACCAGGUCAACAUCGUCCGACAUGAGCUCGAAAGCGAGGUCGCUCGUGUACGUGCUGAGCUCGACAACGUCCGCAUGGAUGCCGAUACCACUAAGGAGAAGCACGAGCUUGAUCUAGAAGCUGCGGCCGAUGCGAAGAAAGCUGCUGUUGAGGAAGCUUUAGAACGCAAGGAGCUCGCCCUCCAAGAGCAACAGGCGGCCUUUGAGCGCCGACUCGAGAUCGUCAACAAGGAGCAUGCUCGAGAAUUCGACAUCGCCCGCGAAGAUAAGGAACGCGCCGAAGCAUUCCAGAACGAGCGACUCGCCCUUGCCGCCUCUAAGAUGGAUCACCUUAACGACAAGGUCGCUCUGCUUGAGGAGAAACUCGCCGUCGCAAAGGAAGCUGCCAGUGCCGCCGUCGCUCACGCCCGGAACGUCAAGUUACCAGCUAGUGCUCCUACGUCUUACGCCUCGGGUGCAGAGAAGAUCUCCCCUCAAGCGCUGCGGGAGUCCAUUGCUGUCUUGCAAGAGCAACUCCAGGAACGCGAAUCGCGCAUUGAAUCGCUCGAGCACAAGCUGGCGGAAGUCGACACGGAUGCUCCGGCCAAACUGAAGGAGCGCGAUACCGAGAUUGGCUGGCUCCGCGAGCUGCUCGGUGUCCGCAUCGACGACCUGAACGAUCUCAUCAAUGCCCUCGCGCAGCCAGCCUUCGACCGCGAAACCGUCCGCGAUGCAGCCAUCCGCAUCCGAACGAAUCUGCAGAUGGAGCAACAGGAGAAGGAACGUCUCGUGGCAGGCGGACAACAGAGCUUCCCGACUCUAGCUACGCUCUCCAACUUCGCCUCUCCAAAAGCCGUCCAGCUCGCUGCUGCCAUCGGUAACUGGCGCAAAGGACGUGAAAAUGCAACAUCUAGUUUAGCAGGAAAUUCGAGCGCCAACACCUCCCGCACGCACACACCGUCUCGCUCCAAUCCUCCGUCAGCCCAGUCUUUCCUCUCCGGCCUCAUGACGCCGCCGACUUCCAACCUCCGCCGCACUCCUGAUCUCCCUUCCUCUGGUGUUCGUCCGGCGCCCAUCCGAACGGACUCGACGAGCUCGCGUGGCUCCGCCGGCUUCCCCAGCCUAGGCAAGCAGCCCGUUCCCAGCACGCCUCCACUUCUAAGAAAGGCCUCGUACGAUCGAGACGCAGAAGUAGAACGCUUCAGCGAGAGCGGCUUCUAUGAUGAUGAGAGCACCGUCGACGGCGACAUGACGCCCAUAGGGCUGAACUUCGGGCAGGAGCUCCGUCGGUAACGACCGACUUCAUCCCCAAAAGACAACCAAAACUAGAAUGAUUUCCUUUGUUACAAAACCCCCCUUUCCUUUUUCAACCGUAGCCUAGUCCAGGCAUUCCUCUCAUUCACCCAACUGUACGCUUGUUUUGUGUCUACCUACGCCUCUCGUUCUUGUAUGCGCUCGCUUAAUGCUUUACUUUUGCUUUGCUUUUUAGCCCCUAUUGCUGUCUUUAGCGAAAUGAAAGCAUGGAUGGAUAUACCCCCAAGACCGCAUUUCGAUUGGAAAUCUCGGUUGCUCGAUUGUUGAGCAAAGAUUGGAUAACUUCAUGGAACCUAAAUUGUUACCUACCAACAUAUACUACUCUUUUUUCUUUUCCUUGGCACUUCUUGUUGGAUACAGCUAUGUAUGAGGAGGUGGGUGGGUGGGUGGAUGGGCGGAUUACUUGAUAGGAUUAAAUUGUAAUACAGACGUUAUAG